ACACAACCCAGCGGCGAGGUAAAAAUAAAAACUCUGACGCGAGAAAUAACGUCGUUUCAGGAUCGUUCUAGCGACUCUGCUAGUACCACUGGCGUCCUUUUCUGGUCUUUGCAGGCAGGUGCAAUUCACCUGGAUACAGCCGCUCAACUGAUUUUGUCGUUGUAUUUUCCGUUUAUUUUUUAUUUUUUUUCCUUUCCACCACCCCAGUACCCUCCUUGACCCAUUUCGCCUCUCCCACCCGUUCUUUUUGGACGCGAUACAAGGCGGGUAGCUUCCGCUUCGGUUCCCUGUCACAUCGAUCUUGACUCUCCCCAUUCCUCCGUCAUCCGCCCACUCGCUACUGCCCACUAUUUCCAAGUAGAUCUUGUUCAGGGUGUAGAGCUGGGUGCUGGCUGUAGUAGUAUCCGGACUGCAGCGGGCGUAAUUCUGCUCGGGCUGCUGCGGACCCGGAAAGAUAUUGGGCGGAAUAAGGAAGGGACGAUAGGUAGGCACGCCUUCUUUUUUCCCCUCUUCCGUCUUUCUUGUCGACGGUCCCCAGUAGUUCGCGGGCCGAGAUAUUUCUCCAUCGAGGACAGGGUAAGGUCUUUCUUUGUUCGAUAUCUUAUAUAUCCUCCCAAGGUACCGUCAUUGCUCCUCAACAUGGACUUGAUAUUCCUUCAACGUGCAGUGGGUUUUGGUCGAUCUUUGAUCUCUCCCGCGCACACCAUCAGGUUUAUCCCCGACCAAUACAGACGAGUAUACCACCACCUCGUUGACCCUUCUACACCACCCGGGCCUCUUUUCGACCAACUCGCGGCACCAGUAACCGAAGCAGCCAACCGCCUCGUUUCCCACCAUGGAAAGCUCAUCCCCAUCCGCCACAUCCGUCCCUGACGAGAGGGAGGUUCGGCGCGCUGCCCUUGUCGAUCGCCGUCAGCGCCUAACCGAUGCCCUGGCGCUUGCUCCCUAUGAUCUCAUCCUCUACUUGGAACGAGCCGUCGUCUAUUCUGACCUAGCGUACCCCGACCUUGCGGCUGGCGAUGCGUACCGUGCUCUCCUUUUGACAGACGAAGUUCUUAACGAAGGGUUCGAAUAUCACGAACAAGCCAAGGGAUCUCUUGAGACCCACUCAACCAACCCUUAUCCCAAAGUCUUGGACCAUGGCAACCUUCUUGCCAACAUCAAAAACACGACCGACGGCGAAGACGGUGAUGGAUCCGAGCCGUACCGUCAACUGGCUACCACGGCCUCUGUUCGUUGCUUCCAGAUCCUAUCACUCAGUCUUCUCCUGUGCGGUUGUCUAGCAAGCGCGUCCGACUUUGUCGAAAAGGGUCUUAAGAUUCUUCCCGGAAACAAGGAGCUCCUAGAAAUUAAGGGAUAUAUCGAACAGGUUGCCAGGAGGAGAUUGCGCUUGAAGCCCGACGAGCCGAUCGAUUUCCAUGAUCUUCCCGACACUGGUGCUGUGCGCCGCGAGAUCUACCCCUGGAACACGUACGAGCCUGAUCGGUUUUCGGAGGAGUCGUUGUCAUUUCUGAACGGUCAGCUCGAAACGAUGGCGCCCAAAUGCGCCGUCAAGGUUUCGUGCCUACCCGUUCUCCUUGAAGGAGAAAGCAACACCGACGAAUACGAGAUCAUCCCGACUUGUAACCAGCUGGGUCUCUUUGCGAAAGAGGAUAUUGCCCCUGGCGAGGCUGUCUUGAAGGAGUACUCGUUGCUGACGGCGAACAAUCGUCACAAGGAAUCCACGUGCGAUGCCUGCGGAACUGAGCUACCACCGCUCAAAAUGCAAACAGAAGCCGUCAAUUGCCCAGAAUGUUAUGAUACUGUCUUCUGCGACGAGUUUUGUUUCUCUCAGGCCAAUGAACAGUACCACCCGGCGGUUUGCGACAAGGACGUUGACUCAAUUGCGAAGGACCCCGAGGCCAAGGAUGUUGCCGAAUCCCUGUACCUCCUCCUCUUGGCUCGUCUGCUGGCAAUGUCAAACCAUCAAGAGGUUCAUCCUUUGGCGUUGAAGGAGAUCAAGUACAUCUGGGGAGACUUCGUUCCCACCCAGCUUAACGAUAUUGACUUGUCAGUCAACGCCGGCCCACCGCCCGAGUGGACCUUGCCGUUCUCCUUCAAGUAUAACAUCGAGAUCCCUCUUCAUGUCCUUGAAAAGAUGGACAUCGACAUCUUCGAGACGCUCCCUCAACACGACCUGUGGGUCUUCAACACAGCGUACAGCAAGUUUCGUGGCACUGCGUCUGCCCGCAAGGGCUUGCGUGAUGGGCGUCCCGAGGUAGCAGCUGUUCAUCCCUUCUGGUGCUUGGCUAACCACGACUGUGACCCAAACGUGACUUGGGAAUGGGGUGGUCGGAUGACAUUGUUCGCUCGGGAGACUCGAGUCGUCGGCAAUCGGCCAGGUGGCAUCAAGGCAGGCGAGGAAAUCCUGAAUCACUACUGCGACGUCGAUCUGCCAGUCAAGGACCGAAGGGAAUGGGCUCAAGGAGCGUUGGGCGGUUGGUGUAUGUGCAGGAGGUGUCGUGAUGAAGCUGCCGCAGCAAACGGUAGUGAUUAAGAAAAAGGAGAAUGUGCUGUGGUGGAGAAUACAUUGGGAUAAACACAUGGCUGGGGAAAAGAUAACGGAACUUACCCCUUUUUGGUAUGAUUGGACAGAAGCAGGGAAGAAAUUUGAUUGUGGAUUUCACUUCUUUGUCGAAUGGCUUGUCUAGAGGAAAAAGUAUGGUGGGAAUUUAGGCUACAUCAGACAUACCAUAGUAUGCUGCGCGGCGAUACCCUCAUACGUUUUGGCAGGUUGUGCUUGGAUUAAUCCCUCCUUCGUCGUUGAUAUGUUGUUCUUGGUAUGUUUUUUCUAAAAAGAAUUAUUUCUGGUUUUUGUUCCUUUUUUUUCUUAAGUAUUCCUUUGUUCUUUUUUUUAUACUUUUAUUUUUAUUUUUUUAUAUUUUCUGUUCCUUGACCCUCCAGCGAGCACACGGCAUGUUGGCCACAUCAAGAGAUCCGGGUUGGGUUGUUGUUCACCCCGGGAAUUCGCAUGAAUAUUGUACAGUUGAAACACUAGUGAACAUCGGGCAGUUCCAGUUGCCAAGUAUAUUUUGUCCUCCC